AUGGGAGUCGACCGCGUGGAUCCGCUGGUGGUGACCAAGAGUGGGCCUGUGGAGGGGUUCAAUUUUGAGACCAGGAAUGGGAAUGUGCAUGUGUUCCUUGGCAUACCGUAUGCCGAGCCGCCGGUGGGCGAGCUGAGAUAUGAGGUAAGCGAAAGUAGCAGGAUGCCAACUGUCUAUUCUAUAGACUUUCGACCGCGGCCAGAGCUUUUUUUCGGCAUUAAAAUUUGAAGUUUUUUUUGGUCUGUCAGGAAAAUGGAAACACUUCCUUUUUCUGGCCCGGCGCUUCGCAGCUUGCGUCUUGGUUUCCUUGCGGUCUGCGAGUAAAAAUAGGAGACCGUCUAAGCGCUAUGAAAAAGCCUAACUGCCUAAGCCUGACAUUCCUUGCAAGCGGAAUUGUUUGUGCGCAAGCUGCGAAACCUUCUUUUCGCACGGGCCAGAAAAAGGAAGUUUUACCAAGAAAAUAAUUAACACAAUGUCGCUGAGCCAAUUCUGUCGCUAAAGUAAAAAGCAAUUUGAUUUUGCCGCGAUACAAUUCAUUUUUCUCGGCGAUUUUUGAUGCGACAAAGAGGCAUUGCUUUUCAAAAAAGGCGAGACAUUUCGCUGCGCCGAUUCCUUGUUGUUUUCCCGACAAACUGGCAGUAAUUUGAAGCUUUCUUUAUAACAUAUUUAUCGCCUUCAGCUACCUUGCCCAGUCAAGCCUUGGACCCGAACAUUCAAGGCGAAAGAGUUCAGCCUAGCCGCAGUUCCCCAUCAUGACUUGGGAACGAAGGUGGCCUAUGGAGAAGAUUGCCUCACAAUUAAUGUGAUGUGCCCGCCAACUCGGCCAAAGACUGGUGGAUGGCCAACAGUCUUUUUUGUUCAUCCCAGCGCCUACAACGUGGGAUCGGCAAUGUGGAUGAGAUUUGAGGGAUUCUGCGAAAACAUUGUUAGUCAAGGGAUCGUUGUGGUCACUUUCCAUUAUCGACUGGGAUGGCUGGGUAAGACAAUUUGGUAUUUUCAUAAAGUGUAUGGACAUUUGCCCUGCAAUGUCUACAAAAAAACUCGUGCAAUUGAAAAAAAAUAUUAGAUAGAAUCUUGACUAUGUUUUAUAUUGCAGGAUUUGCAUCCACCGGUGACUCGGUUAUGCCAGGCAACUACGGUCUUCACGAUCAAGCGCUAGCUCUCCGCUGGACACUCGAUAAUAUCAGCGCGUUUGGCGGAGACCCCAAAGAUCUGACUGCUUGGGGAAUGUCGACUGGUGGUGUGAGCGUCGGCUAUCUAACCAUCUCACCCAAAACCCGCGACCAUUUCAAGCGUUCAAUUCAAAAUUCCGGCGCCUUGUUUGGGCCAGUUACGUUGGGGGAAAAUUGCGUCGAUGAAACGAAAAAGUUGGCUAGAGCGUUGGGCUGCAACUCCAAUGAUUCGAAGACGAUCAAGGAGUUCUUGAAGCGCUGUAGCGUCAGAGAGAUUAUGGACGCGCAUGAGCGGCUUGGACGGGCGAGCGUCUCGUUUUCGUUGAAAUGGUUGCCGCGGUUGGAUGGCGACUUUUUGCCAAAGGAUUUGAGGGAACUGAUAAAGGAGUCGAAGCCAAUUCCCGUGCUCGCCGGCUUUGCCACGGACGAAAUGGCAUAUUUUUGUGAGUUUAUCGGCCUGUUUAUCAGUCUGUCGGGAAAAUAAUGGGCAGCCUGUUGCAUCAGAAAUCGCAUCGCCGCCGAGAAAAUGAACUGUGUCGCGGCAAAAUCAAUUACUUUCCAUUUCAGUGACGCGGUUGGCCCAGCGACAUUUGUUCAUUAUUUUCCCGACAGACUGGUACUGCAGUAUGAGCAAGAUAAUAAGACCACAUGCCACUAUUUUCCCACCAGUCUGAUAUCUUUUUUCAACGACCAAAAAGGUCAUUUUGAACACUUAACAAACUGCGCUUUGUCUACUUCCCUUCUCAUAAAUCACUGUACACUUCCAUUUUUUAUACUUUUCUUCCCUUUUUAGAUCACGGUUUUCUGGAGGCAGUCCACAGUCUGACAAUAACGGAGGAAUGGAAAAGGAAUUUCAACCGGGAAAUGCUAAUCAAUCGAAUUCGAAAUGUCCAUUUCACAGAGCGCGAUUAUGGCCCUGAGGCGUCAAAAAUCGCGGAUCGAGUGAUCGACUUCUAUGUGUGGGAAAAUGCACCGAAACACCAUGAUCCGCUGCUGUGGAUUAAUACCGAGCAAAGGGUAAGAGAGAAAGACAAAGUGGAGGAAAUGGGACGAGAAGACAUUUUUUUCAAACUGAGAUUGAUUUAUCAGUCUGUCGGGAAAAUAAUAAGCACCCUGUCGCGUUGAAAAUCCAUCGCUGCGGAAAAAAUAGACCGUGUCGCGGUAAAAUCAAAUUGCUUUUCACUUCAGCGGAGCGAUUGGGGCAGCGACAUUAUGCCCAUUAUUUUCCCGACAGACUGAUACUUACGGCAAAAGUCCAUGGAAUUCUUUGCAGGCACACUUCUAGGCGGGCCAAAAUGCUUUGUUUUUAAAUAGUCUAGUUUUAAAAGUUCUACGGACUCCAUGGCGCGACUCGUAGUAUAUCAGUCUGUCGGGAAAAUAACGGCGGGUCGUCGCAUCAAAAUGUCUCGCCUCACCGCUAUCGCGUACCAAAUCUCCAGUUCGGCAGCCGUCGCAAAGCGAAGAUGGGGGAUUCGGAGGCGCGACGAUCCGCCGUUAUUUUCCCGACAGGCUGAUAUAUAAAAGCAAGGUGACUUUGCCCGCAACAAAAUUAAUUUUCUCGGCGGCGAUGCGAUUUUCGAUGCGACAGAGUGCAUUAUUUUCCCGACAAACUGACUCCAACAAGUUCUGCUUAGCCUUAGAUCAAUAAAAUUACGCUUCCAGAUCCUCAGCCACAUCACUUCGCUUGUCCCAAUGUUCCUCGAAUACCGCGCCAAGCACCUGAACGGCGCUCCAGUCUACGUCUACCAGAACCCCUACUGGCGGGAACAUCAUUUCGGCGACGAUCCCAAACAACCGUUGAGGGGAUGUCUGCACGUCUCCGAGAUGAAGCAGUUCUUCAACACCCCGAUUCCCUCCAAAUACGAGUUCAACGAAGAGGAUUUGAAACACAAACAUGUGCUGGUUCAGAGCCAUGUCAACUUCAUUAAGACGUCGAAUCCCAGCUUCGACAACAUUCAGUGGCCCGCUGUGACCAACCAGAACAUCUGCACGCAUCUGGUUGUGAAGCCGGAGCCGGAGAUUCGGACGUAUUUCGAGGGCGAGCAGAAGUCGUUGAAGUUUUGGCUGGACUUGGUCAACGAGUUCGGAGACAAGGUUAUAAGGACCAGACAUGCCCGCAGACGACUCGAUGAGUACGAUCAGUCAGCCAUUCUGAGGGCUAGAUUGUGA